AUGCCAAAAAGAAAGAGAGGUGCGGCACCUGAAGUGGCUGAAGGUAAUGAGCGUCCGGAGACGCCUGUAAAGGUAGAAGCCCCGUCUGGUGGCCAAUUACACGAACUGCUUCCACAAAAACGACAUUAUCGGCAACGAGCCCAUGCGAAUCCCUUUUCAGACCACAACCUUGAUUAUCCGAGUUCACCUUCUGCUAUUGAUUGGACUACUCAUUAUCCUAUGCACCCUGGGAAGAGAGUGGAGGUGGCGGAUAUUGGGUGCGGAUUCGGUGGAUUGUUGACUGUUUUGGCACCUUUGAUGCCCGAUACUCUAAUCUUGGGAAUGGAAAUUCGGGCUCAGGUCACGCAAUAUGUGACGGACAGAAUUGCCGCGCUGAGGGUAGCAGCUGCAGAACCGCCGACAGCAAGAAUAUCCGA